CGGAUGACAUCGGCUCACUUUGGAAAUGACCGAACCCGCACUUCUCACCCGGCCAGUCCCUUUGCCAAAUCACUUCACCGUUGUGCCCCGACUGGAGGCUUGCAGAAUGGGAUUGUAGGUUGGCAAUUGGAGUGCAAAGCUGCAAAUCAUGUCGAUUCCCAUCUUCCGAGGCACGACUCGUGCCCUUCGGACAGCACCGAAAUGUUUCGCGAGGAAUGGCCUGAGGAGGUCGGUUUCGUCGAUCUCGCCCGAGGGCCAGCAGAGAUUGCUUGCUGCCCAUCUACAGGAGGCUGAUCCAACGAUGUUUGAGAUAAUUGAGAAGGAGAAAGUGAGACAGAAACAGUUCAUCAACCUCAUCCCUUCUGAGAACUUCACCUCCCAAGCGGUGCUCGAUGCCUUGGGAAGCCCAAUGCAAAACAAAUACUCGGAGGGCUAUCCUGGAGCGAGAUACUACGGCGGGAAUGAGUUCAUUGAUGCUUCGGAGAGGCUCUGCCAGCGGAGGGCAUUGGAGACGUUUGGUCUCGACGAGAAGCAAUGGGGCGUAAACGUUCAAGCUCUCUCCGGGGCCCCGGCCAACUUCUACGUUUACUCGGCCCUAAUGGAACCCCAUGACCGUCUGAUGGGCCUAGAUCUUCCUCACGGUGGGCACCUGUCCCACGGCUACCAGACUCCCACCAAGAAGAUAUCGUACGUCUCCAAAUACUUUGAGACGCUCCCGUACCGCCUCGACGAAUCGACGGGGUAUAUCGACUACGAGAAGAUGGAGGAGCUGGCGAUGCUGUAUCGGCCCAAGAUCAUCAUCGCGGGGACGAGCGCUUACAGCCGCUUCAUCGACUAUGCCCGCAUGCGGGCCAUCUGUGACAAGGCGAACGCCUACCUCAUGGCCGACAUGGCGCACAUCUCGGGCAUGGUGGCCGCGCAGGUGAUGCCGGGCCCGUUCCCCUACGCCGACAUCGUCACGACCACGUCGCACAAGUCGCUCCGCGGGCCUCGCGGCGCCCUCAUCUUCUUCCGGCGGGGCGUCCGGCGCACCAACCCCAAGACGAAGCAGGACGAGCUGUACAACCUCGAGGGCCCCAUCAACGCGUCCGUGUUCCCGGGCCACCAGGGCGGGCCGCACAACCACACCAUCGCGGCGCUGGCCGUGGCGCUCAAGCAGGCCCAGGCGCCCGAGUUCCGCGCCUACCAGGAGCGCGUGCUCGCCAACGCGCGGGCGCUGGCGCGGCGGCUGGGCGAGCCCAAGGGCAAGGGCGGGCUGGGCUACUCGCUCGUGUCGGGCGGCACGGACAACCACCUCGUGCUGGCGGACCUCAAGCCGCAGGGCAUCGACGGCGGGCGGGUGGAGCGGGUGCUCGAGCUCGUCGGCGUGGCGGCCAACAAGAACACGGUCCCCGGCGACCGGUCGGCCCUGACGCCCGGCGGCUUGCGCAUGGGCACCCCGGCCAUGACGACGCGGGGGUUCGGCGAGGACGACUUUGGCCGCGUCGCCGACAUCGUCGACCGCGCCGUCGCCAUCGCGGUGCGCGCCGACAAGGCCGCGAGGAAGGCCGCCGAGGAGAAGGGCGAGAAGUCCCCCGGCAGGCUGAAGCACUUCCUCGACCACCUCGGCGACGGCGAGACGGACCCCGAGAUCGUCCAGCUGCGGAGCGAGGUUUCGGAUUGGGUUAGCACUUAUCCGCUGCCGUGGGAUACGAAAUAGUCGGGUCGGGGUCUUGGAGUGGAGAUGUUGGGAAAUGAACAGGAUGGGUAUAUGGUAAGCGUUGCUUGAGGUUGGG